UUGCAGCAACCGGUGAACCGUGGUGGCGGAGGCGGCGGUGGUGGGCGACGCCCAGGUCGUCAGCCUCCACGAUCUUCUGGCGACGUUUCUGAUUGUCAACGUGGAAGUGCCUCACCCCAUCAGGAAGCCCCUGCUGUUGCUGGUGGGGUUGCUGACGAGAAAAAAGUCUUGGAGGAGUCGGGGUCUGUUUCAACGAUGGGACGUCGCCGAGGUGGUGUAGGCGGCGGUAGCGGUCCCGGACCAGCGAACAUUCAGCGCGGUGCUGGCGCCCGUCAACGCAAUCGAGGCGCUCAACGUGGUGGCAACCGUGCUGGUAGUGGCAGUCACACUGGUACUGCUGUUCCUUCGGAUCAACUCGCUGACGAGCAAAAUGGAGUUACGGCUAACGCUAACGGAGCCGACCCCACUGGCCCAAAGAAGGAGGGGCAUUCCGAAAACAGCGUUCCAGCUCAGCGGAAUGGCAAACGCCAUACUGUCAACAACGCGACUGAAGUGCUGAAGAACUUCAGUUUUUGCUUGCUUCCUCUGCCUCUCUCCACCUUUUUAUCCGUCUGGACUGCGCUCACACCUCCCUCCUCCCAUCGGUGUCUGCGUGUCCUCGCCUUCUUCCGAACAAAUCUCCGUCACUCCGUUUUUUCAGUGCCUCGUUCGUUGACGGAACCUCGGUUUUUUACCAACCUACCAAUUGUCGCUGCUGACCUGUUGCUGACGCUUACUCGUUCCCCUACCUACCGUUAUCGCCCUCUUUCCCCACUCUCCUCUUUCUGUCCCUCCUACCCGGGCCCUCAGUUUACCCCUUACUCCGUUUUCAUUGUUUCCUAUAAAAAGAUUGCACAAAAAGAGAUGUUUGAUCAAAAACACGACACAUUGCCCUCACCGCGGGUUAAACUGUGUCUUCUGGGUGUCGUUGUCUGA